AUGUCUGCCAAAUCCCCAGGUAAGGAUUACUUUAGUUACGACCCUGCCCUAUGAGGGAAAGCGAGAGCGAGCGCAUGAAGAUGAAGACAGUGACACAAACAUCGUCUGACAAAUUGUUUCCAAUAAUUAUGUUGUUGAAUUCAACCAUAAAAUGUUGCAGGCGCAAAAUUUAUGGUCGACCAUUUGUUUCAAAAUUAUGACACGGUAUACGUGCGUUUUUUUCCCACGUAUACUUGCGUUCUUUCCUGCUCUGUGGGGUUUUUAUUCCAAAGUAUAUGACCAUUUUCUUACAAACGCGCAUAUAUAUGCGCACAAAAAAAGCCCAUAGAUAUGGGUUACAAAAAAACGUGUGUAUAUGGGACCACAGCAGGUCGUCGUAUAAGAGGCAUCAAAAUUAUACCGUCGGCAAUAAACCACUUCAUGUAGGAUGGAGCUUAGAGAAGUAACUUCAGUUUGAAUCAAGCUUGGCCGCAAUGGCCGUAUUAAUUUCAAGUAAGGUUUGGCUCUUAUUCAUUGCCUUCGCAGUAAUGGUGGUUGUUGGUUCCCCUACAAUGGAUUUGUUGGAAUCCGUGGAUUGUCUCUUGAGAGACUGUGAACGUUACUUCCCAAAUGCUGACCGAAACAUGGCAGAAAACUCAAUUGUACGACUCAAGGUUACGAUCAAUUCAGUUCGUGGAUUGCUAGAUUCCUUGGAUCGAGGUGAGGCAGGAAAUACUGGGAAAAUUCUGGUUCUUGAAAGCCUGGUAUUACAUCUACAGACCUUAUUAAGCAGGUGGGAGAUGCUAGCAAUUGUAAACUGUAGCUGCAUCAUGCAUGUCUAUUUG